AUGUCUCUGGUAUUCAUACGACAUUCAAUAGUAGUAUCAAGAAGACAAUUGGUCUUUGUCACUCCCAAGGGUAGGAGGCCACUGUUCAGCUGGGAAAACAAGUCUGAUAAAAUUAAAGAGCAGAGAUACAUCAUAGAUAAGACUCUAAAUGCCGAGCCAAAGCAAAUAUACGAUGUGGUAUCAGAAGUGUCGAAAUAUCAAGACUUCAUCCCAUACUGUACGGAAUCAUUCGUGAGCGAGCGUGAUCCAAUUGGCGGCACACCAACUAAAGCAGGAUUACGAGUUGGUUUCCAGCAGUAUGAUGAAAAGUUCAAUUGUCUCGUGACCUGCAAAGAUGAAGCUAACCAAGGGCCAAAUCACUACAGUGUAGUUGCCGAUUCUAUUUCACAUAAUCUAUUUCAUGUCCUAUAUUGCAAAUGGACGAUGAGACCCCACGCGAAUAGACCCCAUGCUUCUCAAGUUGAAUUGACUCUUAGGUUCAAAUUCAAGUCAAGGCUUUACAAUACUGUAUCGUCAAUAUUUGCAAAAACCGUUACAGAGCUGAUAAUGAAAGCUUUCGAUAAGAGAGUCUUUCAAGUGAAAAAAAUGGAAUCCCCGUCAGGUCUUUCAGCAUCAAUAAAAAAAAGCUCAUGA